AUGUUCGCACGGCUCGCUGGUCACGGGGUUAUUUCUUUGCUGCUUAAGUGGUUUGCAAUGGAUUUUCUCCAGGAAUAUGAAAGUAGUGAUUCGGAAGCGACAGAUGUUUAUAACAGCACAAACAUUGACGUUAAAGCUAGCGACAGGCGGGCUUCAACGAGUGUUCUAAAUGUGAGAGCUGUCCGACAAGUGUAUUUAAUCACCUAUAGUCAGGCGGAUUUACACAAGUUCCCUGACAGAAAUUCAUUCGCGCAAGCUGUUCUCCGCUCUUUUAACAGUAGUAACACAAACGUUGAACACUGGGUUUGUUGCAAGGAAGUGCACGAAUCCACGGGGGGAUACCACUAUCAUAUGGCAGUGAAGUUACAGCGCUGUAAAAGGUGGUUGUCUUGA